AUGCGGCAACUGCGGCGAUCGCACCCAACCGCGAUAUCGGCUGUCACAACGGUGGUCAAGGCGACCGGAACAGUUGUUGACGUUUGUGGUGGUGGUGGUGGUGGUGGUGCUGUAUUUUUGUUGGUAUAUGGACAAAUACAGUGUUUGAUUGGAACAAUCAAACACUGUGUAAUGACCAAAUAUCGUCAGAUGAACGAUGAGUAA